CGGAAAACUUAUACAUUUGACAUUUACUUCUAUGAAAUAAUCACAUUUAUUGUUGUUCAAAAAAUUCAUUGUAAUGAGAGUGCAAUAUGAAGUACAAUAUCAGAAGAAUGAUAAGGCUGAACCUACCCCAGAUGCGGAUGAGAAGAACUUGCUGGUUGAAAGAAUAGCUGUGGGCUUGUCCUGGUUAUUUGUGGUCAUAUUCUUUCCCUUCUCCAUCUGCCUUUGUCUAGUUGUGGCCAAGGAAUUCCAGCGGCUAGUCAUGUUCCGUUUGGGUCGUAUCAGGAAUUGCUACGGUCCAGGCCUUGUCUGGCAGCUGCCCUGCAUCGAUAGCUAUAAUACGGUGGAUAUUCGCACGAAUGUGGCUAAUGUGAAUCCCCAGGAGAUGCUAACCAAGGAUUCGGUGACGAUAACCGUGAAUGCAGUCGUGUUCUAUUGCAUUUAUAAUCCCAUCGACUCGAUCAUCAAGGUGGACGAUGCCCAGGAUGUCACCGAACGGAUUUCCCAGGUCACGCUGCGCAACAUUGUGGGGUCGAAGAAACUCCACGAACUUUUGACCUCCAGGCAGCAGCUAUCUCUGGAAAUCCAAAAAGCUGUGGCCGAAAUCACUGGGCGUUGGGGAGUAAGGGUAGAGCGGGUGGACGUGUAAGCUUGUCCUUGAUAACUGAUCCAUCACUACAUUUGUAUAUACCUUCCCA